AUGAGCUUCCCACCGCCCAAUUCUGGUCAAUACCCACAGUACAUACCCCAUCCACAGUAUCAGCCCGGGCACGUCCCCCAGCAGCAGUUGCUGUACAACAAUGUCGCGGCCCCUUCGCCGUCGCCAUACAAUGGCUAUGGCAAGCCACCACCCUACGCGCCAGGAAUGAUGCCCUAUCCUUCUGCAUACCACCAGUAUCUUCAGCAGAAUCAACAUCAUAUGCAACAGCCUAUCCAACCGCCGCAGUUGCAGCAAUCCCCGCACAUCCUUCCUCAACAGCAGCUCCCGCCGCAACCGCAGCCGCCGAUCCAAUCUCACCAACAGCAAUCUCCUCGUCCAAGGCCACAACAACAGUCGCCGUUGCUUCCUCGACCACAGCAGCAGUCCCCUCGUCCACGGCCGCAGCAACCUCUUAUCCAACCCCAGCAUCAAUCUCCAAUAAUUUCACACGCCCAACAUCAGCAAUCUCCUCGUCCGAGGCCUCCACAGUCUCCUAUUCAGAUAUCCCAGUCACAGCAGAAUUUAUCGCGGCCGGUUCCUAUACAGCCAUCUCCACCUUUGCAGCGACAGCCACCGCAGCCACCGCAGCCAAUACAGCCGGUCCAGCAAGUCCAGCAAGUUCAGCAAGUUCAGCAGGUCCAGCAGGUCCAGCCCGUUCAACAAGUCCAGCCCGUUCAGCCUGUGCAGCCCGUACAAACUGUACAACCGGUGCAUCUGCAGCAACCUCCUCCAUCCCUCCCGCCAGCAGAGCCGCAGCUUCAGUUUGUCAAUCCUGCCAAUCUAUUUGUUGAGCCACCUCUUCCUACAGCGCCACGAUCUCGGUAUACUCCGUCAUCGCAGUAUGUUGAUCCAAGUGCACUCUCGACCCCUUCUUCUACCGAAUUACCUCCAAUCUCCCUACCAUCUACAUCUUCUCCAUCUCUCCCUCAACUAGCGCCUGCUCCGUCCGCCCCACCGAGAAGUCCCAAGAUCAGCUCGGAGCCUGUUCAAGAGAAAUCUAGCUUUCAAGCUCAACCACCGCAACCUGUUAAAAUUGAACCGCGGCCCCAGGCUAAGUCUCAGCCUCGGCCUCAACCACCUGCCAAAGUCAAGUCGGAGAAGAAAGCGCAGUCUGCCCCUGCUCCCAAGCCUUCAUCAAUACCAAAAACGCCAGAUCAUCCUAAGCCCGUUCCUCCCAAAUCUACGCCCUCGUCGUCCGCAGCUGUCGUUCCGCAAGUCAUGAUUCCAAUAAGUUCUCCAGAUUUUCAAAAUAGGGUUCAAAAACAGCCGAGUGCAAAGAAGCCUCAACCGAAGAAGCCAAUCACACAGCCAGUUUUUGACCGGCAAACCAAACCUAAUAAGCCUCCCGUGGAUUACCAGGUUCUGCUAUUAUCACUGGCAGAUGAGUAUCUCAAUGCUGCUCAUCUUAUGGGAACCCAGACGGCGCUACUAUCCAACCAUGCGGAUGUCGAGGGUUACUACAAGCUUGUCGCAACAGGACUUGGGUGUCUGGAGGCUGUUUUGAAGAACUGGCGAUUGCAACCUCGUAAAGAAGCCCUUGUCAGACUUCGGUACGCGCGCACAUUGUUUGAGGAAACAGAGAACGACAUUGAAGCAGAGACGGCUCUGAGCAAGGGUAUUGACCUUUGUGAGAGAAACCGUAUGCUGGAUUUGAAAUACAGCAUGCAGCACCUUCUGGCACGAAUGCUCCAUAAAAACAAUCCCAAGGCCUCUCUUAAAGCUGUUGACGGCAUGAUUCAGGAUGUGGAAACGUACCGUCAUGCGGCCUGGGAAUACGCAUUUCGAUUUCUACGAGUAUCGUUGUCGAUGUCUUCUCCGUCUCACCAAGAUGCUGUCCAAGCCCUUCAGCAUCUUAACAAGAUCGCGAGCAUGGCUAGUCGCAAUGGGGACAAAGCUGUUUCCGCAAUGGCCGCUGUCAUCGAAGCCUUAGCACACCUGCAACAAGGAACAAGCUCUGAUUCUAUUGAGCAGGCACAGCGUGCCGUGGCCACAGCGCGGAGUCACCAGCUAAACGACGAGCUUCGUCACAUUCCUCAACUUUCUACGCUGAUUCAGAUGAUGGAUAUCUGCUGUAGUCUUCUUGAGUAUGAUGUCAACCAAUCUUCUCAGAAACUGAAGGUCAUGCAGGCGCUGGUAGAUGAAACUCUCAAUGAUGGCAAUUGGAGUCCGGAUGGGUCAUUUUCUAUCCCGCUGAAUGGCAAGUCCGCGGGUCCAUCAUCCAUUGACACAGGAGACAUUCUGCAAGUUCAGAAUGGGACAUUGCUCUUGAGCUUUAAUUGGCUUCCUCAGCAUGAUCUCUAUGCCCUCUCAUAUUUCCUAAGCUCGAUCACCCUGAGUGCGAAGAAUUCUUAUGAUGGUCGAAAAGCAGAGAAGUAUCUGGAUGAAGGGCUGCGAAUGAUCCAAGGGUCAUUCAAGACACCACAGGAAAUCCCCGAAUGCAUGGUAAAUGCAACACGCCGUAUCGAAUGGCGUCGUUCACUCUACUGCAACUUCCUCCUACAGCGUGUUUUCCUAGCUUGUUCUCGAACCGACUGGGAAAUGGCUACUCAGUCACUAAAGGAUCUACGCCAGGUUGUCCAGGAGAUCGGCGCUGAAACUUCAAAGCCCAUAGCUUGUCUGAUGGAAUAUGCCGCCGGUACCAUUGCCCAAGCUACCGGGGACCUAGACAUGGCUCUUUCCAUCUACCAGUCACCAUUAUUGUUGCUCUCGCCAUCAUCCAGCAAGACUGCACGCAAUGAUCCCUGUCGUGACACAUGUAUUCUCGCCGCGCUCAAUACUGUCCUCAUAAUUCGUGAUCCCGCGCAUCCAGCGCACCCAUCCCUCGCCAAUAUCCUGGCCAAUCUGGAUCUUUUCUGUUCAAACAGCCCGAAUAAGUACAUUCAAGCAGCCUAUCACUUGGUUUGUGCUACCGUCCACACCGACUCGACAAUCCAAACGAAACAAUACCUCCAGCAGGCCCUGCAAUCUGCAACUGCUAUCAGUAAUAGUCAGAUUACCUGUAUGACACUCACUUUCAUGAGCUGGAGAUACUUUCGUGGUGUCGUCGGUGAACAAGCUGAAAAGAGUGCUCGGGCUGGUCGUGCCAUGGCGAAGAGAGCGAAUGAUCGCCUGUGGGCUAGUGUUACUGAUGAGAUGCUAGCGGAUACCCUUGAGCGACAGGGUAAAGGUGAUGAAGCCCGCGGAGUUCGUGAGGAAGGUCAACGGCUUAUCAUGGGUCUUCCACAAGGUUUGAAGCGGCCAGCUUAG